UAGCUUGAUUUCUCGUAGUGUUCUCAAUUAAGGCGGUUCAAGCGGGUACGAAUCGUACGAUGGAAUAUUUGAGCUUUGAUCCGUCGAGCAAGUCGCUUACUCUAAAGAAACAAGCCGCUCUUCCUGAACCUGCAGCGAACGAGAUUCGGAUUAAAGUUGUGUAUUCUGGAAUUUGCGGGACGGAUCUUCAUAUUUUGGAAGGAUCCUUUCCCUGUAAAAAAGAUGGGUUCCUGACGCUCGGACACGAGUUCGUAGGUACGGUCGACAAGCUCGGGUCUGAAGUCACCGGUUUUAAAGUCGGCCAACGCGUUGCCGUUGAUCCUAACAGCGGCUGCAACAAGUGCGGCCACUGUCACAGUGCGAAUUAUCAUUUUUGUGAACUCGGAGGCAUAAACAAUACCAUAGGCAUUUACAGGAAUGGAGGAUGGGCUACGCACGCGAUCGUCCCGGAAACCCAGGUAUACUCGAUCCCGGAUGAAAUCAAGAUGUACGAAGCGGUACUGAGCGAGCCACUGUCAUGUCUAGCUCACGGCUGGGACAAACUCAAUCCUGUGAACGUAGGAAGCAGGGUGCUCGUGAUAGGCGCCGGCAUUAUAGGAUUGUUGUGGGCUUGCCUGCUCCAUUUGCAUGGUUUGCGGAAGACCGUCACUAUCAGCGAGCCGCAGCAGAAACGCAGAGAGCUCGUCUCUACUCUUGGUCUAGAUUACCAAGUGAAAAGUCCUGAUGAGGUGAAAGAGGAGUUCGAUUUAGCUGUGGAUUGCAGCGGUUCUGCUCCAGCUAUGGAAAGAGCCGUAUCUCUACUAAACCAUGGUGGUCGCUUGUGCGUAUUCGGCGUUGCUAAUCCAAAUGCGAAACUGACGAUUGAACCGUUUCAGGUCUAUAAGAAAGAGUUGACCAUCGUAGGUGUGAAUAUAAAUCCCUACACUUUCCCUAAAGGAUUGGCUUUAUUGCAGUCAAUGUCCGCGAAGUAUUUGGAUUAUGGUAAAUUAGGAAUCAAAGUGUUUUCUCUGUCCCAGUACAAACAAGCUCUUGACGCGUUGAAAACAGGAGAGAUAAGCAAAGCCGUCUUCAAGUUAUGAAACAAGGAUUUUUCAGAGGCAGAGGGAGAAAGAGGAAGAGAAAGAGAGAUGUAUAUUGUGUGCGCGUCUUUUUAUAAAAGUUUAUUACUUAUUCUCCAUACAAAUUUGGCUGAGUAUGUAAACACGCACAAAAAUUUCAAGUAAUAAAAUGUAAGUGUGAUAUAAA